AUGGCUGAACCUAUCUCAAAGGUUGUCGACGAGGAAACUCCUCUUCUUGACAAGAGGAAGGGAGGGAGGACUCGAACUCCAUUGCCCAAGCUACAAAUUUCUAUCAUCCUCAUUCUCCAAAUCUGCGAACCAAUAACCAGUCUCUCAAUACUCCCAUACAUAAAUCAACUCAUAAACGAGCUUGGAAUCACUGGAGGGGAUGAAAAAAAGGUUGGCUAUUAUGCCGGAUUGAUCGAAUCCCUUUUCUUUGUGACCGAGGCUAUGACAGUCUUGCAGUGGAGCAGGAUAUCUGACCAUGUGGGACGGAAACCCGUGCUUCUUGUUGGUUUGGUGGGGACCUUCCUGUCUAUGCUAGCCUUCGGUUUAUCCAAGACGUUCUGGGGACUAGUCAUUAGUCGCUGCUUGACUGGGCUUUUAAACGGGAAUAUAGGCGUCAUGAAGAGCGUGAUGGGUGAAUUAACGGAUUCAACCAACAGGGCGGAAGGAUUCGCGCUUAUGCCCGUUGUUUGGGCUACCGGAGCUACUUUGGGUCCUCUGAUGGGCGGUGCUCUGUCGCACCCGCACCAACGCUUCCCGAAGCUGUUUGGCGCUUCUUUCUGGAGGGAGUAUCCGUAUUUCCUGCCAUGUGCUGCGACAGCAAGCUUCGUCUUAUUCUCGUUUUUCCUUGCCCUCUUCCUAUUUAAAGAGACUGCCCCGACGCGAAGGGGAACCCGCAAACGCGUCGUAUCAGACGCCUCAGAAGUGACCUUGGUCCAUUCGGAUAGAUCAGCGAACGAUGGACCCCUGCCUCUUCGCGAUCUUCUCGUUUAUCCCGUUGUUCUCUCAGUGUCGAAUUAUGUCUCUCUCGCCUUUCUCAACAUCUGUGUCAACGCACUAUUGCCUCUUUUCUUUGCUAUGCCGAUAGACAUAGGAGGUCUGGGGCUCCUUCCUCCCACAAUUGGCGUUACGAUGGGAAUAUACGGAGCGGGAUGUGGGAUCUUUCAAGGUCUCUUCUUUGCGCAAAUAGUGCGCCACUUCGGAGCUCGCAAUGUCUUCAUUUUUGGAAUGUCUUCGUUCAUUCCUGUCUUCCUGCUGUUCCCGAUAAUUAGUACCGUUGCAAAGCAGAAUGGUCUCUGUCUGCUUGUCUGGGUGUUGACUGCUGCUCUACUCGCAUUGAUGGCGCUCAUGGAUAUGGCAUACGGCUGUAUCUUCAUGUAUAUCACCGCGUCGGCGCCAAAUAAGCAGUCUCUAGGUGCCACAAACGGGCUUUCCCAGACGACUGUAUCCGUCGCCCGAGCUAUAGGCCCUGCGCUAUCGACCUCGUUGUUCUCGUGGUCGGUGCAGAAAAACAUUUUGGGUGGAUACGGGGUGUAUGCUAUCCUCCUGGUUUUCGCCUUCCUUUCUCUUGGACUAGCCACUCGCUUGCCAAUAGAGAUCUGGGCGGAAGAAAAUGAAACAGAACACGACUAUUGA